CGCUUGAAGAGGAGGUGCGCGUUUGCCACGUCGGUCUCUGUGCAACGCAUUUACACUGUUGCUCCUCCAGACCAGACCAGGGCUAACUUUUAAAGCCGUUUUAUGUUUUCAGCUGGACUGAAAGGAAGCCUCCGGGAACGCCGGUGCCGCGGUAGCUCGUCGCUUCGGAAGUGCAGACGGGGAUAUUGGAGCUGAAAGGCGGAGAAAUGCUCGGUGCUGCCUGGACUCGUCAGGCUGGAAGCCACACAACUGACUGAUGCAUCCUCGUUUAGUUCACCCCCCGUAUGUUGUCCAUGUUGUCGGUCUGGAUGUUUAUGGUGACUCAUUGACAACAAAGAGAGGAGUCCCAGAGGCUGUCGGUUGGUGGGCGGUGUCCGUGGUUGCCACGGUAACUGGCGACCAUGCCAGGGGGUCGCAGGGGUCCCAGCAGACAGCAGCUAAGUCGCUCUGCUCUGCCAUCCCUGCAGACUCUGGUUGGGGGCAACCUCGGGAAUGGUACAGGGUUCAGGAACAGGAACAGUAACUCAGUGGGUUUGUCGGCUCCGCCCCUCUCAGCUCUCAUUACUCCAGAGCCGGUCCGACACUCGAGGAUCCCGGAGCUGCCGUUGGACAGCAGCCUGCUGUUUGAGUUUCUGCUCUUUCUUUACUUGCUGGUGGCCUUGUUUGUCCAGUACAUAAACAUCUACAGGACGGUCUGGUGGUACCCAUACAGCCACCCCGCUGCCUCUACCUCACUUAACUUCCAUCUAAUGGACUACCACCUGGCUAUCUUCAUCACAGUCAUGUUGGCCAGGAGGCUGGUCUGGACUAUAGUUUCAGAGGUGUCCCAGAGCAGCGGGGGAUCGCUGGUCCGCUAUGUGGUUUUGAUCGCAGCUCGACUCAGCCUGCUCACCAUGUGUGGAUGGGUACUCUGCUGGACGCUGGUCAACCUCUGCAAGAACCACUCUGUCCUGAACCUCCUCUUCCUGGGAUACCCGUUCGGUGUGUACGUCCCUCUCUGCUGUUUUCACCAGGAGGGAGGCAAAAGUCAGACGGCUUCAUCUGACUGCGAUUACCCAGCUGACCAUCAACAGACCGACCUGGCAGAGACCCCGUUCUUUCGACCUCGCGACUUCCUCUUCCUGUUACGAGAGAACCUCAGAGAGCAGUUUUCCAGCCCUCCGCACAUGCCCACUCACACCUGCCCACCGCACACACACACUCACACACCAGAGCUGAUUCGAGCUGAGGUGGAGGAGCUGAAGAGCGACUUCAACAGACGAAUAAAAGAAGUGCUGUUCAACUCGCUGUUCAGUGCUUACUACGUAGCCUUUCUGCCGCUUUGCUUUGUCAAGAGCACCCAGUACUAUGACAUGCGCUGGUCAUGUGAGCAUCUGAUCAUGGUGUGGAUCAAUGCGUUUGUGAUGCUGAUGAGUCAGCUGCUUCCCCCCAGUUACUGUGACCUGCUCCAUCGCUCGGCAGCUCAUUUGGGUCGAUGGCAGAAACUGGAGCACGGAUCAUACAGCAAUGCACCUCAGCACAUGUGGUCAGAAAGCACCAUUUGGCCUCAGGGCGUGUUGGUACGACACAGUCGAUGUCUGUAUAAGGCAGUCGGACCUUAUAACGUCGCCCUGCCCUCUGAUGUGUCACAUGCAAGAUUUUAUUUUCUCUUCCACAAGCCAUUGCGGAUCUUGAACCUGCUGAUCUGGAUCGAGUCCAGUGUGGUUCUGUACCAGUUAUACUCUCUGCUGCGCUCGGAGCGCUGGAACCAUACACUCUCACUGGGCCUUAUUCUCUUCUGCAACUACUAUGUCCUUUUUAAACUGCUCCGAGACCGCAUCGUGCUCGGCAAGGCCUACUCUUACCCUGUGUCCUCCAACAGCCUGGGGAUCAAGUCACAGUAACGUCCUGGCACAACGGGACCACAUCACCUACGAACUCUGGAUGUCGAAGGGUGACGUGUGACGGUCUUGUAAAGAGGAAGACUUUAGUGCUCACACUUGGAGGUUAAGGGAGAGUCUGUGAACUCAUAAUCGUGUUUUGAUACGGUUCUAUUUUUAAUGCAAUGUUUAUAUAUACCUAUUUAAAAGAAUAUUUUUAUUUUGUAUACUGUUUUCGAGUUACGCCGGGCAUUUCCACGCUGACUACAUUAGCAUGUUUUGUUAUAUUGUUGCUAGGUGACAGGAACAUCGGGGAAUGCCAGGAGGUGACUUUUCACCAAAGAUAUUUUAAGUGCAAGUGGCCAAUCACAGAGCUGAUGUGGCAUCUGACAGCCUCUCUAAACACAGACGAGUGAAUCAGAACAGGAGGGUGUCAUGCGGUGUAACUGAGAUCCAGAACCCUUAUUGGGCAGUUCUACUUGUGCUGACCCUGAGUGGAUCAGUGGACCCUUAGUGUGGAUUUUAAUCCCAUUCGAUUAAAAGGUUCCUUCAAACUGACCUGAGAUCAGUCUGAAGGGAGAGACUCCUUUGGUACUCCUGUCCUUUGCCACUUCAGGUAAUGCUGUAUUCUUUCCCAUUCACUGUGUUACUGUGGUUUGCGAUCAGGACCUGUUAGUUUCACAUCAUUGGCUUUCUGGAGGGGCAGUUACCGAACCAGUACCAAAUUACACCGUGGUGUCAGAGUGAUAAGUGAUUGGCUGCAGGGAAGACUUGUGGUACCGUAAGCAUCAAGUAUCAUCCAAAUCACAUUAAAGAAGUGCAUUUUUCCUGUCAUAUAGCCUGUCUGGCAGAGGAUGUUUACUUUGUUGUGUUUGAAUGGCCCCUGCUGCGUAAACAUAUACUGAUACCUGACCACACUUCUGACACGCUGAAUACGAGUAGUCCUUGAUACUGGAAACCUUGAACCGGUCAGUUUGAUUUUUAUGUAAUUUUGGUACCUGGAUGGUUAAACCAUAAUGGUACAGAAGACCACACCUGGUCCAUCUCUCUGUAUUGGAUGAAGAUGCCAGAACACAGUUGUCUAUUACAAUGUUCUUUGUCUAGGACCCAGUCCUUCUCCUGCUACAUAUUAUUUUCAAGACACCCUUAUAAAAAAUACGGCAGCAAAGUAAAUUUAGGAGUAAUAUUGCUAGAGGGGAUGAAUGAAAGCUCAAGAGUGUCAACUGUAUCACCUCAUUACCAUUUUAUGUAUUCUCAGUUACCAGGAUGGUAUUACAAACGGGUUGCCUUGCAUGUUGUUGCCUUUUUGUUUAGUCACACUAGGUUAACAUCUUACUCUUAACUGGUUUCCUCUGAACUGUGCCUCCUCAUUAGUCAGCUGUAUUCAGCACUCAACUCGGCAGUAUUAAGUCUGGUAACCACUUGAGAAUAAACCAGUGAGUGUUCCUGGAUGCUCGGUGCUGCAGUGCCUCAGCUGAAAUGUGAGGAGUUUUGAUUAAACUCAAAUGCCAUACAUGUGCCCAUUACUCUGCUUUAUUCUUGGUGCUUAUGUACUGUUUGCUUGCAAUUGCAACUUUGGUCAUUUUUAUGAAUGUAGCAAAUUUUGCAACUGAAUGGUGCUGUUGACUUGAAUUGGCAUGUUUUGUUUGCAUUAGAAUUUAGUUGGGCACCAUUGGUAAAAUAUGAUUUUUAAAUUGGUGUAGUGAUGACAUCUUCAACUGUGUCCCCUUAAUAAAAGCUGUCAAAGUCACUCGCAGGGUAUGUAUUCGAUGUGCCAUAUCCCAGGAUACAGGGAUGGACUCCUGAUUGAACCCAUUGUCACUGGAGCUGGUCCUCAUAUUUCGGCUUUUUACAGUGUUCAGUUUCCCCAUGGCAUUUCUGACAAUGUUUUUUGACAUCUGAAAAUAAAAAAAGCGUGUACCAACCAA